CUUAUUUAAACCAAAUGGAGGACGGAAGACUUUAUCUAUCUAUCCCCCAAUCAUUCAUCCAGUUCAGAUUUCUAUUUUAAAAUGACGACCAAAUGACUUUUAUUUUGAAGCUUCUCGUUAAUGCUCGUACUCCUUCAAAUAUUAUAAUCAUACUGGAGGACUUUCUGCCCUCUUUAGACAUUUAAUGCGCUUUGUUUAGCAUUCUCUGUUUAAACUAAAUGGAGGACGGAAGACGUUAUCUAUAUCUAUCUCCCUAUCAUUCGUCCAAUUCAAAUUACUUUUUUAAAAUGACAACAAUUGGACUUUUAUUUUGAAGCUUCUCGUUAAUGCUCGUACUCCUUCAAAUAUUAUAAUCAUACUAAAGGUUUCUGCACUUUUUAGACAUUUAAUGCGCUUUGUUUAGCAUUCUCUUUUUAAACUAAAUGGAGAAUGAAAGCACACUAAAGCAUUUAAUCAAAGCAAUUCAACACGGAGAUCUGUGCACAGUUAGACAGCAACUCAGUGAACAUGCUAACAAGCAGUCUAUUAUCUAUACUCAUUUUGGAAAAUCGGGAGAUACUUUAUUGCACUAUGCUGCCAGAUAUGGACAUAUGGACAUUUUGCGUUAUCUAGUAGAGGAGUUAAACAUGGACAUUGAAGUGUACAACAACGACUACAAGAGAGCUUUGCACGAGGCUUCCUCCAUGAGUCAUUAUGAAUCUGUGCGAUAUCUCAUUGCUAGAGGUGCAAAAAUAGACAGUUUGAAGAAAGCAGACUGGACUCCUCUCAUGAUGGCCUGCACCCGACGGAACCUUGACGUCAUUUCGGAGCUUCUGGACCACGGUGCCGACCCAUCGGUACAGAAUAAGGACGGGUGGAACUCAUUCCACAUCGCAUGCAGAGAAGGAGAUCCAGUCAUCAUACAGCACCUCCUACUGGGCAAACCUGAGGUCUGGAAGACAAAGAGUAAAACUGGAAGGACACCUCUCCACACUGCUGCUUUGCACGGCUGUGAGAAUGCAGUUAGGAUUCUGCUUGAGAGGUGUUCCUAUGAGCCUGAUGAAAAGGAUAGUUGCGGAGUCACACCAUUUAUGGAUGCCAUUAGGAAUGGACACAUAGCUAUUGCUAAAUUGCUUCUUGAGAACCACAAAGCAUCUGCCACAGCGGUUGAUGUGCUCGGAGCGCAGCCUUUGCACCAGGCCUCUGUAACUGCUCAGGAUGAUGCACUGUCAUUUCUUGUGCAUAAUCUAGGAAUCGAUGUAAACACACGAGCUACAAAACUGGAGUUGACUGCACUGCACUAUGCUGCUAAGGAAGGUCACACAGACACUAUAAAAAAUCUGCUUGGCCUUGGUGCAGAUCUUCAUGCAAGAGAUACAAAAGGAAGAUCGGCGCUACACAUGGCAUGCAUCGGCCAGCAUGCAGAGACUGUGAGGACGCUACUACAGAUGGGACUGCCAGACACCAAAGACAAUACAGGCAAUACAGCCAGACAGUAUGCCAAAAAACCUAACAUCAUAUAAGUCUUUGAAAGUCUCAA